AUGAGUGCCCACACUAUCCUUGACCAGUACAUCUGUGGAGUGGUGAGAUUCCAGGUGGCCUGCAAUGCACGAUUCAAAGUUUUUGUCCCUGACUGCGCAUACCAGUUGGGAUUCCCACGAGAUCAACGUCAAUACCUGGGAAACUGGACCACGGAGACAACAGCAGACAUCUACACCAGGGACAAGCGGAAUGUAGUAGAAAAAGUCUGGAAAGCAGUGGGGGGACAAGAUGGGUAUCCUCAAGCUGGACAACCCCACUGCGCUGACGAUGUCAGACGGGAGCUGGACAUGGAAGUCCUUGACACGCCAGAUCAUCCUGUGGAGGAUGCAGCAAUGACAGGAAGCCACCCCAACAAGCGGCGCCGGACGCCCACAAUGGAAGGGAAAGCCGUGGGAUGUGGUUGGGAACCACCAUCAACGAAGGCACUCGACCUGUCACCUGAAGACUUCCGCAACGAACUGGAUUCUUACGCCCAGGAGUACUCAUACCCAAAGGAGUGGCAUGCCAAGGUCAUCCGGACCCAGGGCGCCCUCUCAGAAGGGUCAUUGUCUAGCCUGAGCUCGGGCUCAGACACACUGGACUUAGUGGACACUGAGUCAGAUAUGGAAAAGAUCAACGGUGCGGAUGUGGAGAAACUCCACCAAUCAGUCCGGACCUUACUCACUCACAAGAGUAUCCCAUGGCAGGAGAUGGCAAAGCUAGCCCAAGACGGGCACGUCACAAGGGAAGACCUGGCAGACCGCUGGGACACAGCAGAGACCGCCCGUACGGCGGCACCAGCAGUGCUGGAUUUUGCCCGCAAUGCUCAUAUCACUGAGGGCUGCACCCGGACCAUGACCUGGGGACUUCCAGGAAUACGCCAGGAGGAGCAACAGGACACUGACAAUGAUAGCAUUCUUCUGUUACGAUUCCUGGUCACCAUGGUUCUUGCCCAUGAGGUAGCAAAACAGCAUGACCUAUCCAGACCGGCAACUAUGUUGGAACACCCUGAGGACCCAAUUCAGUGUUCAUCAUCCCCAUCAGCGGCAAAAUGUUCCAGCAUUUGGGCCAUCAGUUGGCUGCGCAACUUGCUGCAGGCACUUGGGCUGACCUUGAUACAUUUUGACCAGUGCCGGCUUGGACAGCACACCCCCAAGCCAACCACAGUGGCAACAAACCUCCCUUUGUUCCACUGGCAAAACCUACGGCGCAACCAUGCAGAACAUGCCAGGCUAAAAGGAAGAUCAUCAGCAGAUCUCAGUCGGUAUCCAUGUCCCAUGAUGCAAGGAUUGGCAAGAGCCCUUCUGGAAUCAGACUUUGCCCAAGGACAGAAGCCAUGGGGCUCCGACCCAAGCCCAUCAGACAGACCAAUGACACAAGCGCACUCACAAAGAAUGGGCCUCCAAGAUAACCCGAUUCGGGUCCAACUCGGUUUUCACACCAGACCACUCAGAGAUGGCGGAGGUAAACCAUCGUGGGGGAGGACACCCCCACCACAAUGCCCAAAGUUGUAA